UCUUAACUCACAUUUUCUCAAAUCGAUCCCAAACAGCAAUAUCUCACAAUUAGUACUAAAACAAUGAAAAUGAGAACCCAAAAAACCUUUACUUUCCUCUUGUUACUAUCUUUUCUAUUUGCAUAUCAUGUCUCUGUAUCCGCCAUUUCUUAUGAACCCAUAACUAGUUUUUUCAAGAAAAUCCCUUCCUUUCCUAAAAAAGUCAGCAUUGAUUAUGAAAAGAUGACUGAAUAUCUCAAGAAAGCUCAGGAACCAAUAGAUCCAAAGAAUUUCAAAGACUACGUCGAUAUAAUAGAAACUUUAGAAAACGACGGCUACUUAAACACUUCCUUUUUGAAAUCAUAUAUCCCAGAUAAAUCGGAAAUUUCUCUCCAAUCUGCAAUAACCAAAAUUCAGGAAAAUUACAAUCUCCCAGUUACUGGAAAGCCAGAUCAAACUACAAUUAAUUACAUUUUAAUGCCACGUUGUGAUGUUCCUGACAUCAUCAAUGGAACCAACACAGUGACUAAAUUUGUCAACCAAUCAACUUCGUUUAAACCAUGGUGGAACAAUGACAAGAAAAACUUAACUUAUGCUUUUCUUCCUAAGAAUGAAGUUCCAGACACCAUUAAGUCAUUAUUUCAAGACGCGUUUAACCGUUGGUCAAACGUGACAAAGUUGAACUUCACAGAGACUAUGUUGUUUAAUCGUUCGGAUAUUCGUAUAGGGUUUUUUAACCCGGAUGCAAAAGGUAGAGUGGUUGGGGGCACUUAUAUAAGGAAUAAUACGGGCCGUGUACUUAUAUAUUUGACUAAAGAGAUUUUGGUGAAUCUUGAAUCGGUUGUGAUGCAUCAGAUUGGUCAUUUACUAGGGUUGGGGCAUUCUCCUGUGGAAGAGGCUAUUAUGUAUCCGAUUAUGUUACCAAAAAAGAAGAUUGAACUGGUAAAUGAUGAUUUGCAGAAAAUUCAACAAAUCUAUGAUGUUAAUAAAUCCUCCUCGAAUCUUGUUGAAUCCUCUGCAAAUCAUCAACACUCAACGGCCCUUAACAUAGUUCUUGUUCUUGGUUUGACUAGUGGCUUCCUUGUUACCAGACUUCUUGAUGUGUGUAUGUUUUAUUGUUAGCUUACUUGAGUACUAUGAAAUUGUAAGUUACUAGUAUUAUGUAAAAUAUGGCAAGUUUAUAGGUACAAGUGAGAUUAACUUUUCACCAUGCAUAAGAUUGUUUUGAUGAUUAGAUCAACAAGUCUCAUCAUUGGAUCAAAUGAGAUGUGACGUACGUGACA